AUGGAAGCUGCUAUUGGCACUCCAGAAAAGUCAUCAUGCAGACUGUUUUUUAUUGUUGGAUUUAUUGGUGUAGAGAGCGAGCGGCAAUGCUGUCUGACUACAGUUUUGAUGAGGUCGAAGGCUGAGGUGACAGCUGCUUUCACUUGGUUGCACAUGCAUCGGACAUGGCUGGAUAGUUCAGAAAUUAAAGAACAAGAAAGAUGGUUAUUUUUGCUUCCUAACCAGAAUCCGGUGGUUAAUUCCAGGUUUACUGUUUCAUGGAUGCACAUGAAACACAAUAAUCUACAUCCGAGAUCUUUCAGCGGAGUUCGACUUCAUAUGCCCGUUGUGACAAGGUCAGCUUCAGUAGUUGUUAAGGCCUCCUCUGACAUUGAUGGAACUGCUGCCGCAAAUGAGGGCAGUGAGCCCCUUCCAGAUAGCAAGGAAAAGGCGGUGGUACCUGUCGACAAGCUUCCUUUGGAGUCAAAGCUGCAAGAGCAGCUAGAGCAGAAGAAGAAGAUGCAACUGGCGAAGAAAAUAAGGCUUCGCAGGAAGCGACUUGUUCGCAAGCGAAAACUGAGAAAGAAAGGCAGAUGGCCUCCAUCAAAUAUGAAGAAGUUAAAGAAUGUCCGAGGU